AUGUCGUACUACGACGACCGUCGCUAUCAACCCCGCGACCGCUAUGCGCGCCCAGUCAGCUACGCUGAUCCGUACGAUGAUCCUCGCCGCUAUGCAAGGCACGAGCGCGACUAUGUACCCCGCAGAAGUGAUGACUCGUUCGUCGAGGAAGUCCAACGUGAAUACCCACCAGGCUCAGACUAUGGUUACGAGCGCCGGUACACGAGACGACCAACACGACCAGUCCAAGAGACUGUGCGCCGCUCUUCCUCUGUCAGCGGCUACGAUCCUUACUACGAUACACGCUCCCGUCCUCGUCGCACAAGGCACCACGAGGAAAAACGCUCUCGUCGCUCCAGAUACGAAUCUGACUCUUCUCCAAGUCGCUCCCCACCCCGCCACAGACGCAAAAAGUCAUUUAGCGAGCAAGCCCUGGGCGCCUUAGGCCUCGGUGGUGCUGCCGCAGCGUCUGGUCAUAGAGACCACAGAGACCGUGGUCGUGACCGCUCCCGUCAUCAUCGCAACAGAUCAUAUUCCCGAUCACCAUCAGACUCACGCAGUCGCCAUCGUGGCAGUGCCCGUGAUAAGAGCCAGCAACGCAUGGUGCAAGCUGCUCGAGCCGCCCUGACAGCCGGUGCAGUUGAAGCCUUCAAGCAACGCAAAGAGCCCGGUGAAUGGGCAGGCACCAAGGGAAAACGUGUCCUUACUGCGGCAGUCACUGCGGGCGGGACAGAUGGUCUUGUCGAUAAAGAUCCCAACAAGCAUGGCACGCGCCACGUUGUCGAGUCCACCCUUGCCGGUCUGGCCGCUAGCCAUUUCAUGGGCGGCGGUUCACGAUCCCAAUCUCGCGGUCGAAACUCGGCCGGCAAUGGCCUGAAAAACCUUGCUGCUACGGGUGCUAUCACUGCUGCUGGAAAGGAAAUCUUUGAUCGGGUCUCGCGAUCUCGAUCUCGGCCUCGCGGUCGUCAUGAUUCCCGCAGCGAUGAUGAUCGUGGAUCCGGGAAGCGAAGCAAGAGUGUCCAGGACUACAUUACCAAGGGAAUAGCGGCCCUAGGACUGGGCGAGCAAGAGGAUCGUCGUCACGAUGAUCGGCGUCGAGACAGCAGCGACCGCAGCAGAGACACCAGAGAUGAUCGACGAGACCACCGAGAGUACCGAGAGCACCGAGACCACCGGGGAAAUGGAAGAGAUGAUCGAGAGCGGCGUCAUCGCCGAGACCGAUAUGACGACUCGGGUUCAGAUUCGGAAAGUGACUAUUACAGCAGGGACUCACGACGAGGCAGAGGCUCGAGAGAUGUAGGUCGAACCCGUUCAUUGAACGGCGGUCAAAACCCCCCUUAUGGAUCGGCGCGCAGUGGUCCAACCAGUGCUCCGCGCGAUGCCACGCAGCGCGGCCACUCAAACUCCGAGAGUGAUUCUGACUUAGGCGACAGUUCUGACGAGAAGAAGAGAAGCAAGAAGAUGAAGCGAGAUCUGCUUGUGACGGGCGGCUUGGCUAGUGUUGCUACCAUCCAUGCCGCCCAUGGUUUAUAUGGAAGUGUGGAGAAACGAAAGCAGCGCAUGCAGCAGUUGAAGGAGGGCGAGAUCUCACCCGAGGAAGCCCGGAAACGUCGCAUCAAAGCUAACACCAUGGACGCCGUGAGUAUCGGUCUUGCGGCCCUUGGUAUCAAGGGUGCCUAUGGGGAGUGGAAGGAAGUGAAUGAGAAACGGAAGGAAACCAACCAUUUCCAUGACGAGUGUGUUCACCGUGCCGUGAAGCGGGAAUUGCGUCGUGCCCAGAGUCAGAGCACGCCUGCACGAAGUCGAUGGCCCGAUGAGAUUGAAUAUGCUCCUUCUUCGAAUGAUUCUUGGAAGGAACACACUCCAAUUUACCGUGAUGGAAAUCCUUAUGGAGCUCAUGAGGCGCCGCAGAUUUCUUAUUAG